GGAUCGGGAUCGGGAUCGGGACCGGGAUCGGGAUCGGGAUCGGGAUCUGGACCUGGACCUGGACCUGGCGGCUUAAACCCUCUAUCCUUUGAUGCUGCCAGCAGCAGCAAGGCUCUGCAGAUCAGCAGCACUGUGCCACCACUGGGGUUGGAAAGCUCAGCUGAGAAUGGAAGUGAUCUGGCCAAGAAGAGGAAGAGAGCAAAUGUUCCUGCGGCAGAUGGUGGCAGAAAUUUAAACCUCGACAUUCCGAUGGGAUUGCCAAUGUCAGACCCGACUGCCUGGGCCACUGCAAUGAACAACCUGGGGAUGGCUCCGCUGGGGAUGACAGGACAGCCCCUGCUGCCAGAUUUUGAUCCUGCUCUUGGGAUGAUGACUGGAAUCCCUCCCAUCAACCCGAUGAUGCCAGGCUUGGGGAUCGUGCCACCUCCCAUCCCUCCAGACAUGCCUGCUGUGAAGGAGAUCAUUCACUGCAAAAGCUGCACUCUCUUCCCACCUAACCCACAUCUUCCCCCUCCAGCAACAAGGGAGAGGCCCCCGGGGUGUAAGACAGUGUUUGUUGGAGGGUUGCCAGAGAACAGCACUGAGCAGAUCAUCAUGGAAGUGUUUGAGCAGUGUGGGGAAGUCAUUGCCAUUCGGAAGAGCAAGAAGAACUUCUGCCACAUCCGCUUUGCUGAGGAGUUCAUGGUGGACAAGGCUCUUUAUCUCUCUGGCUAUCGCAUAAGGCUGGGCUCCAGCACAGACAAGAAGGACACUGGGCGCCUGCACGUGGACUUUGCUCAGGCCCGGGACGACUUGUAUGAGUGGGAGUGCAAGCAGCGGAUGCUGGCACGUGAGGAGCGGCAUCGCAGGCGACUGGAAGAGGAACGCUUCCGCCCACCCUCCCCACCACCCGUUGUGCAUUACUCUGACCAUGAGUGCAGCAUUGUCGCCGAGAAACUGAAAGAUGACACAAAGUUCCUGGAAGCCAUCCAGACCUUGCUGACCUGGAUAGAGCGUGGCGAAGUGAACAGGAGGACUGCCAACAACUUCUACUCCAUGAUCCAGUCAGCCAACAGCCACGUUCGCAGGCUGGUGAAUGAGAAAGCAGCUCAUGAGAAAGAGAUGGAAGAAGCUAAAGAGAAAUUCAAACUUGCUCUCUCAGGGAUUCUGGUGCAGUUCGAGCAGAUAGUGGCCGUGUACCAUUCUGCCUCCAAACAAAAGGCUUGGGACCAUUUCACGAAAGCUCAGCGUAAGAACAUCAGCGUGUGGUGCAAACAAGCAGAGGAAAUCCGUAAUAUUCAUAAUGAUGAGCUAAUGGGUAUUCGAAGAGAGGAGGAAAUGGAAAUGUCUGAUGAAGAAAUAGAAGAUCCAUCAGAGAUGAAAGAAACAGAAGAAUCGGCGCUAGUGUCACAGGUGGAAGCCCUGAAAGAAGAGAAUGACAGCCUGCGCUGGCAGCUGGAUGCCUACCGCAACGAGGUGGAGCUGCUGAAGCAGGAGCAGGGCAAAGCCAGCAGGGACGAGGACACCACUAAGGAGCAGCAGAUGAAGCUUCUCCAGCAGGCUCUGCAGGGGAUGCAGAAGCACCUUUUGAAAAUACAAGAUGAAUACAAGAAGAGAGAAGCUGAGUUAGAAAAAGUGAGAGAAGACAAACUAAAAAUAGAGACAUUAUUGGAAAACCUGAAGGAGCAGCAACGCAUCACAGAUGAAGAGGACAGGGAGAGAGAUGCAAUUGAUUGUCAAGGGAAUGAGAGCAGCGCAUCCAGGGUUUGUGUGUGUAGCCAGGAGAAGGACUGUCCAGUGGAGAAGACGUUGAGCAACAGCCCUGUGAAAUCUGAACGAGAAGUCCUAUUGGUUGGAAUAAUUUCAACAUUUCUUCAUGUGCACCCGUUUGGAGCGAGCAUUGAGUACAUCUGCUCCUACCUGCAGCGUCUGGACAGCAAGAUCUGCACUGCAGAAGUGGAAGUUCUCAUGACUCGACUCCAGAACACGUUCAGGCAGGAGCUGAGUGGGGUUGGAGCCAGCCUGGAGAAAAGGUGGAAGUUUUGUGGAUUUGAUGGCUUGAAAAUGACUUGAACUUUGACUUAGUGCUGCAGCCAACAGUGGGAGACAUGCUCCAAGGGGUAUCUCUGACCUCUAUUCAUGCUGACUCCUGCAUGCCUGUGGGCUUGGGUGCUGGGAAGUGGAAGUCCAGAACAGCACUGGAAGAACCUUCAAGUUCUGUAGCUCUUUGAUCAGUUAUUUGUUCACAGGCAAGUGCUGUUCAAUAUAUUUGAUGAAAGAAACUCAUGUCUGAUGUUCUGAAACACAACAUGGUGAUUGUUCUGUUUUGCCGAUGUUGUAUGUGUUCUGUGUACCCAAAUUUCUUACCCUGUACCUUCUUUUUACUGGUAGAAACAGCCCUAGACUGCCCUGAAGCAACAGCAAAGAGGCAUUUUCUGGUUUCUAGAACCACCAAAGGAGAUUAAAAAGAAAAAGGCUUUUUUUUUUUAAACAUUUCUAUGAUUAACACCUGAGGUAUGUUUAAACAGAUUUAGGUGGCUCCAAGUUCUCUAAGCCAAACAACUGCUUCUUGUUCAUACCGUUUUCCCUGCUGAUGGUUCAAUGGGUAUGCUGAGGUGGAGGCAAUGUUUGCAGGAGCUGGCUGAUUCUGGCUGUGCCACUGGUAGUCUGUGCAUUGCAGAGCCAGUCUGUAAAUACAGACCCUGCUGGCACCCAUCCCUCAAGCACUGGCAUGCUGCCCUAGGGUCACCUCCAGCCAGCCUGGAUUUAUCCCUUUCCCCCUUCAGAUCUCUGAGCCCUGGUAACUCCUGCAUGAAGAGCCAUUUCCUCCUUAGAGACAGCAAGCCUGCUGCUGGUUUGACUGACCCAUAACCAAAGGAUCCCAGAUUCUUCUGCUGACACCAGGCUUGGAGCUAGAUAUUGAUACACUGGCCCUUCCCUUUUCUCCCCUCAUCAUUCCCUGACAGAGGAGAAUAUUGCUUGUGUUCCUGAUCCCUUUAACCAGUUGUCCCAAGGCCCUGAAGUCUCUCUUGGUUGCCCUUGGACUUCUUGCUGAACUUCAUCCCUGCCUACCUGACAAGUCAAUAGUGGAUAAAUUAGGGCUGUGCCAGGAUGGGAAGCUUCCUCUUCACAUCUUUAGCCCAGAUCCCAGGGAGGCAGCAGAGGUCCCGGAGAAAUGAGUCAGCUGUUCAUGGUGUGCCUUCUGCUCCCCUCAGAAGAGGCUUCUGUGACCCAUCUUUUCUCCUUAUGGAAGCAGUUUUGACAGGACAUAGGCUGACUUAACCUCUGACUCCUUCAACCAUGUCCUUAUUAUUGUUGGUUCCACAUGCAGAGCCUUGUGCCUGUUGUAGGUGGGACCUGGUGAGGUGGUCAUGGAGGAGACAUGCCUGCUGUGCUGUGCUGGAACCUGUCACCACUGCCCCCAUCCCUUCAGGUGUCAGAGCACAGGGCAGUCUGUGCUCAGCACAGACCUCCCCUGAGGAAAAUCAGGGAAGGAACUUGAGAAAGUAGGACUGUUAGAGCCAGUGGGCAGAGCACACAGGAGCUGGGGCUUGUCCUUGACGCUAGAGCCAGAGGGCAUCAGCUGGAUGAGCUGGGCACAGCGGCUGGUUUUACCCUGCAGUGUGGAAGCGAUGCAGCAGAAGGGCUUGUUGGGUUCCAGUCCUCUAGCAUGUUGGAUGCAGGGAGGACGUGGGAUUUGGACAGGCCACCUUGGCCAGCAAGAGCUAUCCUGUGGGAGCUGAUUCUGCCUGUGGACCAGGCAGUUGUUCGGUGGGGAAGCAGAAGCUGGGACCUGUGGAGUGAUGGCUCCAUGCUGUAAGAGCAGGUGAAGCUGAAUGGGGCCUGGGUCCUACUGCUUCCCAUCUCCAGGCUUUCUCCACUCAGGCCCAUGGGAGGGACUGGGAUCUCCCUGACAUCUCAUGUGCUCUUGGCCACGAGGAGAAGGCUGUGCUGCAGAUGGGCGCCCUGGAUGGUGGGGAGGCAAAUGGGAUGCUGCUUCAGGUACCAAACCUCCUCUGUCUACAGAGAGCUCGGGGAUAGUAUCGGACACCUCCUGGAGCUGGAGCUGCAGGUGAGGGCCCUGGGCAGUGCUCCAGGUACAGGCAGCGGGAAUGGGUGAAGGGAAUGCAUCCCGUUGUCCCUGCUCUAGCACCCAAGGCUUGCUCUAUGAGAAGCAGGUGAAAGCCCAUCUAAAGCAACACAUGUUCAAUGGUUGUGGCACUGCGGGGAACUUGUAUUUUUGAGAAAUAAACGUUUUUAUAGGCAAA